UUUUGCUUUUUUAGGCACUCCUGGAGCUUAUACACAGUGUCAUUAUGACUCAUAUGGAUACAAUGUUCAUGCACAACUUUCUGGUUCUAAACGCUGGAUAUUGUUUGAACCUGGCGAAGAUAUGAGACCCACGCGCAUGCCUUACGAGGAAUCUACAAUUUUUAGCAAUUUUGAUGUGAUUGGUGCGGAGAACGCGUUGCGAACUAAGAAGAUCCGGAUGGUCACAUUGAACAAAGGCGAUGUAAUAUUCGUGCCGCCGGAAUGGUGGCACUGCGUUCAGUGUGUCCCCGUUAACGGUGUCGCAAAUGAUCUUGAUAAUUUGAGCGUUUCGGUGAAUACAUGGGUAUCACUUGCCGAUCACGAUCAGAUAGCGCGUGUACAUGAAGCUGCUACGUCUACCUUGGUGAUUUUUAUAGAUUUUUUUUCCAUGUUGGUGUUAGAUCUUGUCUGCUUCUUAUAUUCAAUUGCAUUUCUUAAUCGAGCGGGACUGAUCGAUCCGGGGCAUCUUUGCCCGUCAGAAGCAAUACUCUCCUAUGACGAUUCGCUUUUUGACUUGAACAGAGUCAUAAACGAAGCCAAAGUUGGCAAAGCAGAGGCCGAUGAAAGCAUGUCUCGUUUGCAUAAUUUUGUGGCAAAACAUCUGGAACGAUUGACAGUCGUGCCAGUUGUUUCGUUCGAUGAGUUUCGAACUGUGCAAGAAAAAGGCCCACUGAAGAUUGUAGAUUUCGCCGACCAAAGCUCAAGCUCUGCAGCUGCGUUGCACACAGUGAGCUCGUUCCAGAAGCGUUUUAUCGAUGCGUUGUUGUCGGAGAAAGUGCUCGAUGCUUUAAUUGUGCAGCUGCGUGAAUGAAG